ACUGUCUCCCAACUAGAGAUUGAAACUGAGAGCUUUUCAAGACAAGAAGUCAAAUCUUAACAAACGAAUAAAGAAACACAUUGAGAAGUUCUUGGAAUUGUCCAGAAAAAGAAUAAACAAUGAGUCAAAGCGCUAUGCCGUCAACUUCUGAUUCUGACCAACAAACAUUAGCAAAUGAGACUCAAAAGCUCCAGUGGAUCUUAAAAGAGGUUAACGUGAUGUCAACAGAGAGACAGGUUUUGAUAAAAUCAAAUGAGGAGUUGAAGGUUCAACUUGCAGAUCUACAAAAAGCCACAAUGGAAAAAGACAUUAUGCUUAGGGAGAAAGAGGAGGAAUUUAAAAAGCUUUUGGACCUCAACAAAACUUUAAAGGAGGAUAACAACACUCUGGAACAGAAAACUACCGACUUGGGCCAGAAAAACACUGCCCUGGAGAUUGAAAGAACCGCCCUGGAGAAGGAAAAAACCACCCUGGAGAUUGAAAAAACUGCUGUAGGGCAGAAAAGCAACACCUUUGAGCAAGUAAACGCCGCUCUGGAGAAGAAAAAGACCAGUUUGGAACAGAAAAUCGCCACCCUGGAGCAGGAGAAAAGCACCUUGGAGCAAAGAAAUACCGCCCUGGAGCAGGAAAACACUGCCCUGGGUCAGAAUAGCACCACCUUGGAGAAAAUAAACACCACCUUGAAGGAGGAAAACACAGCACUGUGGCAGAAAAACACCUCCCUGGAGCAGGAAAAAACUGCUCUGGAACAGAAAAGCCCCAUCUUUGAGCAAGCAAACACCGUCCUGGAGAAGGACAAGACCGCUCAGGAGCAGAAUACCAUUGCCUUGGAGGAGAAAAUUGUUGCCCUGGAUCAAAGAAACACCGACUUGGAAAAGGAAAAAAGUGCCUUGGAACAAAAAAAUACUGCCUUGGAGCAAAAAUAUACUGAACUGGAACAGGAAAAAGCUGCUCUGGAGCAGGAAAUUGCCACCUUGGAGCAAAUAAACAACACCCUGAAGCAGGAAAGAACAGCCUUAAGAAAAGAACAAAGCACCUUGAAGCAGGAAAAAUCUGCCCUGAAGCAGGAAAAUACCACCCUUAAGCAGGAAAACACCGCCCUUAAGCAGGAAAACACCGCCCAGGGUCAGAAAAACACCUCUUUGGAGCAGGAAAAAACUACUCUAGGAGAGAGAAACAUCAUCCUGAAGCAGAGAAACAUCAGCCUGAACCAAGUAAGAACAACCUUAGAAAGGGAAAAACAUGCCCUGAUGCAGAAAACAAUUGCUCUGAAACAGGAAAAUACUGUUCUAGAAGGGAGAAACACCACCUUGGAGAAGAGAAACGCUUUCUUGGAAAAGGAAAGAAUUGCCCUGAAGCAGGAAGUCUUCAGUUUAGAGCAGAUAAACGACAUCUUGGAAGACGAAAGCAACAUUUUUGAGAAGGAAAAAAACUCUUUUGAAGAGAAAAACACCUUCUUGGAGCAAACAAACAAGGCCAUGAAGUUGAAAUGCACCGGUCUGGAGCAAAAAAACACCGCGUUGGAGAAUAUAAUCACCGCCUUGGAGCAGGAAAAAGCUGCCCUGGAGGAGCAAAGCACUACCUUGGAGCAUAUGGCCACUGACCUGCAGCUUGAAUUGGAACAGCUUCACCAUUGCCUGAGGAACAGAAUGGAACAAUUGAAACCGGAGUCAUCAGAAGAGGAAACCCAAGGAGACAUCCAGCCAGUUUCAGACCAGCCAGAGGAGCAGAUGCCUGUAACUAAAAAGACUGAGAUACUGCUUAUUAUCCUAUUAUCUAAACCUUCACUCAAAUGGACACUUGAUGUGAGAGGACCCUGCGCUCUAAUAAACAAGUGACAAAAAAGUAGUUGCAGUGGCGCGCCCAAGACAAAGUGAGUACAUGCACGUCUGUUAAGAAAGUAGAGGUGUGACCCCGCUCUCAAGCAAAAUCAACUCACCACAUACUAAACUACAGAACCGAUGGACAGACUAAAUAUGAUGUCCAGACUGGGGCCUUUAUAAAUCUCCUUUAAAACUGGCAUAAAGAGCCAAAUGUUUUAACACAACUCACUAUUCUUACAGUUUUCUUUUAAUAUGUACAUAUCAAUCCUUAGUUCUCUGAAGAACUGCUGAUCUCAGGGGUCAUAUGUUUCUUUGCCCUUACAUUCCAGCUAAGAAUGUACAGGGCUGUUCAGGAC